AUGUCGCUCAGGGAUCGUUUGCUAAUAGGGAAGAUGUCGCCGCGACGUCGGCCUCUGAUCGCAAAUGCUCUCCGGCCGAUGUUUGGACGAUGCAGCUGUAAAUACCGGCUGCUCUGCGUGGACGCGGUUCACCGGCGUUUUGCUCAUCGUUACGGACCACCCGCGGCAGCAGCCGCUGCCUCAGGAGCGCCGGUUUACCUGUACGAGUUCCAGCAUCCUCCCAGUAUGAUCCAGAAGAACAGGCCCAGCUUUGUUGGUGUCGACCAUGCAGAUGAACUGUUCUUUAUCCAGGGCACCUGCUUCGCUAAAGCCCACCUCAAAGCAAUCGCUCCUUUCACAAAGGAAGAGGAAGAGCUGUGCAGCACUGUGAUGGCCUACUGGGGGAACUUUGCACACACCGGGUCUCCAAAUGGUCCGGGCCUGACACACUGGCCUGAAUAUGAGGAUGAGGCUGAGUAUCUCGGCAUUGGACUGGAACAGAAAGCUGGGAAGAACCUGAAGGGGAAACACUAUGCAUUCAUGACCAAGACGCUCCCAGAUCUCAUACGUCAAAGCCGAGAGAAAAGAGAGCGCUCAGAACUGUAAUCAGAUCAGAUAUUAACACAAAGCACUUGAAUAUAUGGAUGACACAAAAAAUUAACUGUGAUUCAAUGUAAGAAUUUAAUUAAUUAACCUGAGAAAAUCAAGAGUAUUGAGUUUAUUUUGGUGUUAAAGUUCGAAUUUGAUAGAAAAUGUAUUAUUUGAUCAUAUGACAAAUAAAUGUCCAAGCAACUAAUGCUUCAUAGCAAAUUAGCUCAAGGGGAAAUGUAUAUAAAUAAUUAAAAUGAUAAUUAAUUACAAUAAUUUAUAUCAGCUGCCAGUAUAACUAUAGCAGAAUUAAUAUUACCAUCAACUAAUCUGUUUGCCCAGCAAACCUCCAGGGGGUCAUUGAGCCAAUGGUGACUUAAACUUUCGGAGGGAAAGUUUACGACUCUUUUGACUUCUAGCAUGGUGUUUUGCAUAUGUAACUGGAUUGGGUGUUGGUGCAAAACUAUUAAAAGAUUCUUAUAACACUGAUAAUGUUGCAUAGGUAUCAACAUAUAAUAUGCACUCUCAUUUAGAUCAUCAAAGUACGAAUUCAGAGAUACCAAACGUGGUAUAGGUGAGGCUACAUUAGCUAGUGUUCCUAUCAUAAGCAUGCACAAUACAGUAUACACUACAACAAUACAAAAGACACUAUACAAGAACAGUAAUAAUACACACACACACACAAUGUCCUGGAGAUAUGCAUGUCAUUCAUAAAAGGUUUUCUAUGAGAGAAUGGGGAAGAGUCCUGUUUUAUGGGCAUUAUGUGUCUUUCCUAUGUGGAAAUGGAGUGAGAGUUCCAUUCCUUUGAGCAAUAAAACCAGUGUCAUCAGAUGAUUUGUCAUUGCUUGUCAUGGUGACCAGAGGCCUGUUCUGCUUCAGGGGUUGUCCACAGAACUCCAACACAUAGUUUGGUUUUGAGUGAUGGGGUUUGCUGGAUUAUUCAUUAAAUAUAAUGAAUAAUU